CACGGAAGCACCUGGUAGGAAAGGCAGGAUGCAAAGACAGCCCUGGCUCGGUCAUGAUAACUGAGAGCCCCCUGUACAUCUUGCCAUCAAUGUUCGCUGCCCAGAUUAAGUCGUGAUGGGCCAAACUUCAGCUCUGCAAACUUCCAUGCUCUCGAGAAACAUAGUGUUUCAGGGGCUAGUUUCUUCGAAGCCCAUUCGUUGUAAGGCUGCCAUAAAGUCCGGUCCCAUUCGCUCUGGCACUGCCACCAUGGGAUUCGGGUAGAUCAAUUCUGGGUGUUGGUAGACAGAUCUUCAGUUGUUUUCAACACAGACGUGUAAGGCUUCUGCGUUCCCAGUAACUUGCAGUGGGUGCUCCUAAAGGCGAUGGUACGCAAGAAGAAGAAAAGAGAAGCAGAGCAGGUGCCAUGGUGCUACUAUUGUGACAGAAUAUUCUCAGAUGAGAGCACUCUCAUCCAACACCAGAAGGCGAAGCACUUCAAGUGCACCACAUGCCACAGGAAGCUGACCAGCGCCAGUGGCCUGCGGGUGCAUUGCCAUCAGGUGCACCGAUUCACUCUUGACAAAGUCCCUGCUGCCAUACCUGGCAAGGACAGCAUAGAUCUGGAGGUGUUUGGCAUGUCUGGAGUGCCAGAGGGAGCCAGCCCAGGAAUACUCACCCCGGAAGAGGAUGAGCCCGCCAGCAAGGCGGCCAAAGUGGAUGCACCGGGUCCCACGGCACCGCUGCAGCCGCCGCAGCCGCAUCACCCACCCUUCAACGGCGGGCUGCCGAUCAUGCCGCCGCGACCGCUGCUGCCGCCACCCAUGCGGCCGCCGCUGAUGGCGACACCGGGGUUCCCUUUUGGGAUCCCCCCCUCUGCCGGCCACCCAGGCCCCUACCCGGGAGUGGCACCCCCCUGGCCGCCGCCGCCCUUCCUGCACGGUCUGCCUCCGCAGCCGACAGGGCCCCUGCAGCAAGUGCCGGCCUUUCCGAUUGGCUCGGCACAUGCUGCCAGCUCGCCGGCGCCGCUCUUCCCCAUAGCAACAGGUGCCGAGACUCCUGCCUCACAAGGGCCGGUGAACCUUGAUGUCAGCGCAAGUGCGCGCAGCGUGCCGGGCUCUCAGCCACCGCCGGGCCUGACACCCGUUGACCAGCAUCAAUCUCCAGCCGCCCCACUCAUCUCCCAACCCAGCAGCAUUGAUGGAGUCUCUACUCAUGACAUCUCUGCGGAAGAAUUGCGCGCUCGGCAUCCCAGAUACACUGCAAGAGUGUCUGUGCCCCAAACCUGAAGCUGAAAAAUUGCAUGUGGCACCAUUGAGGCACCUGCGUCUGGGCCAGUCUUGUGUUUUGGAUGUGCUUGGGAGGGGUUGCUGAAAUAAGAGUCGAGAGAUGCAAGAACGUACAAGGCAGUGCGAGCGCCAAAGUAGGGAAAAAGGGCUGCCUCGCGGUGUAUAUGCUGUGUCAGUGCUGUGCUAGUAUAGUGUGCACCUCCGGCUCAGGAUCAUGAAAACCCAUGUUGCAGACCACAUUGGAUUGUAAGCUUGUCUCUCGUUGUCUAGUAGAUUCUUGGGUUGCCAUCUGCAUGCCCAAGAAGUGGUUGCAAAUUGUGCAAAUUUUGGUCUUGCUUUCAAGUUGAGUUUGCUGGUCAAAGAAUGUGUUUACGGAUACUUGCCUGCAUUGUAAUGCGCAUUUCAAGCGCCUC